AUGUCGAAACAAGAAUCAAGCACCUACUUUGAAAAACAAAGGGAUCUCUUGCUACAAGAGAUAAGUAAUUCUAUAGAUUCUGUUGUCUAUAAUUUGGACAUUUUAAAUAGAUCAUUGAGCUCAUCAAUCCAAGUUGGUAAAGAAUUUGAUGAUAUAGGGAGGUUAUGGUCUAAUUUCUACGACGGAUUAAAUCAGUACAGUCAAGCAAAGCUAGAUGCUAAAAGUGAAGAUCAAGGGAUCGAUGAGGACCCAAAAGUUUUGGAAAGCGAUGAAUCUAGUGAAGAUAAACCCAGCCCUUGA